GUGUCACAUAUACAGGUGGAUGCUGUCACGCUUACACAUUAUCCGAAUCGGGACACUGACGCGUCGCCCUUGGUUCUUACAUUCGUGUUGCGUCCUACACGUCUACCUCUCACUAUCCUCCCUAUUUUUUGUUCAAUUUCCAUACAGAUAACGCACAGAAAUGGGCAACCAGCCAUCGGGUCUACCACCUUCAGGCCAAGGAAAUGACGGAAAAGACAAGGCGAAAGACCAGCAGCCACAGAAGAAGAAAUGGGAGCCGCCCCUUCCGACGAGAGUUGGGAAGAAGAAAAGGCGUGGACCAUCUUCAGCUUCGAAACUUCCCGCCGUUUACCCUACAACUCGAUGUCGGCUCAAAUUGCUGAAGAUGGAACGUAUCAAGGAUUACUUGCUGCUGGAAGAGGAGUUUGUACAGAACCAGGAGCGACUAAAACCUGAGGCUACACGAGAGGAGAAGAACGAGGAGGAUAGGUCAAAGGUGGAUGACCUACGCGGAAGCCCGAUGGCGGUCGGCACAAUGGAGGAGAUCAUCGACGAUGACCAUGCUAUUAUCAGUACCGCAUCAGGUCCAGAAUUUUACGUCUCCAUCAUGUCCUACGUCGACAAGGACCUCUUAGAACCCAACUGUCAAGUCCUCCUCCAUCACAAGACGCAAUCAAUUGUCGGUGUUCUACAGGAUGACGCGGAUCCUCUUGUCAGUAUCAUGAAACUCGACAAAGCGCCGACGGAAAGUUAUGCUGACAUUGGUGGAUUGGAAGCACAAAUCCAAGAAAUCAAAGAAUCUGUGGAGUUACCCCUUACACAUCCCGAACUCUACGAAGAAAUGGGUAUCAAACCACCCAAGGGCGUCAUCUUGUAUGGUGUUCCAGGAACAGGAAAGACACUUCUGGCUAAAGCUGUCGCUAACCAGACAUCAGCAACUUUCCUGCGUGUUGUGGGUUCUGAACUUAUUCAGAAGUAUCUGGGAGACGGUCCGAAGCUCGUUCGUGAAUUAUUCAGAGUAGCAGAAGAGCAUGCGCCGAGUAUUGUUUUCAUCGACGAAAUCGACGCCAUUGGUACAAAACGGUACGACUCGACUUCGGGAGGAGAACGUGAAAUUCAACGUACCAUGUUGGAGUUGCUCAACCAGCUGGAUGGGUUCGAUACCCGAGGAGAUGUUAAAGUGAUCAUGGCGACGAAUAAGAUCGAGACCCUAGAUCCCGCCCUUAUUCGUCCAGGUCGAAUUGACCGGAAGAUUGAAUUCCCUCUGCCUGAUGUCAAGACGAAGCGACAUAUCUUCAAGCUACAUACUGCGCGUAUGAAUUUGAGUGCAGAUGUCGAUCUCGAAGAAUUUGUCAUGACCAAGGACGAUCUUUCUGGUGCCGACAUCAAAGCUGUAUGUACAGAGGCCGGUCUACUUGCUCUGAGAGAACGCCGGAUGCAGGUCACCAAAACAGACUUUACGUCGGCAAGGGAGAAGGUAUUGUACCGAAAGAAUGAGGGGACGCCGGAAGGCCUGUAUCUGUAGUAUCCAUGUCUUUUCUACUUUCUACAACGCGUAAUGACAGUAAUUCGAAAUCUUCGCGUUCGCGACUUGAUCAUGUGACAUGUACCCUUAGAAAAUUCGGUACUCCUGCGCCUGUCAGUCGUAAAUCCCGUUUGCCUUUAUGUCUUUAUGUCACUGAGC